CUUAAUCGCGUCUCUGUCGCGGUUCAUUUGGCGCGCGUCACUCCUCCCCCAAGGCUUUGAUCAUUAAAAAAAAGAGGCUCUGUUCAGCUGGGAGCAUCGACGCUAACAGCCUAUCUGGAUCGCAUUGUUUUGAGACUUCAUACAGCGUGGUUUGAUCCUCAAGUCUCACUCUUUUCCCCAUCAUCAAACCAUCCCGCGAUCGCGAUACAAGCCUGCACCUGCGACGCAGUUCUUUCUCUGCCUCUCGCACAAAAUCUCCAGCACCAGCUCAUACUUCUGCCGCCGCCAUGGCUGAAACUGACGAGUGGUCGGCUAAUGCCACCGAGUCCCUGAACAUCAGCUUGAUCGCACCUGCUACCGGAGCUACCAAAACGAUUGCGUCUUUCAAUCCCAAGUUCACCUACUCCAUCUUUGGCGACGAUGAGCGCAUCUUCGGUUACAAGGACCUCAGGAUCGACCUACGCUAUCGCACUUUUGACAUGCGACCGAAUGUUAAGGUGUCCUAUGGCAAAAAGUUCCAGUCCGUCGGCGAGACCGAGGCCGCGGACGUCAAUGCUACACUAAAGGAGCAUCUGCCAUUGGUUGCCUUCGAGUCCGCACGCGAAUUCAACACCGGCGCUCAGAGCCAGCCUGACGGUUGGACCCCUCCUGGCGCGUUCCAUUCGAGCUACGAGGGUCAUGAUGGCACGUAUGAGGUAUGGAAGGGCAGCCUUGCGGACCCCGCCGUUCGCCAGAUUGUCACCCGCGUGGAGGCUCUUAUCCCAAUGUUUAUUGAGGGGGGUUCAUACAUCUCCCGCGAGACGAACAACGAAGAAGAUCCUUGGAAGGUCCCCGAGGACGCCAACCGUUGGACUGUAUUCUUCCUUUAUCGCAAACAGACGUCCCCAGAGGCGAGUGGCAGGCCCUCGUACACCUUCGUUGGCUAUGCGACUGUCUACCGCUUCUUCUGCUUCCGCCCGCUUACCCCGCCCUCGUCCGAGUGGGAUCUGCCAAAAGAGGAGUUCAACCUGCUGGAGGAGUUGCCCUGCCGCUCACGGCUUUCUCAGUUCUUGAUUCUGCCGCCCUUCCAGGGCAAGGGCAUUGGUGCUCGUCUGUACAAGACCAUUUUCGAGCACUAUUACAACAACCCGCAGACGUUGGAGCUGACCGUGGAAGACCCCAACGAGGCCUUCGACGACAUGCGCGACUUGGCGGACCUGACCUUCCUGCGAUCACUGCCGGAGUUUAGCAGCCAUCGCCCUUCCCAACCCCCCAGCGGCACUGUCCCCAAGGACUUGGUCGACCAGGAGCUUCUCAAGAACCUCCGCCAGAAGACAAAGAUCGUAGAGCGUCAGUUUAAGCGCCUGAUUGAGAUGCAGACCAUGUCGCAGCUGCCCGCAUCUGUGAAGGUCGGAUUCGGCGAGGAACAAAAGGCCAAGCCGACAAAGGAGGAGAAGCACCACUACCAUCUGUGGCAGCUGUUCGUCAAACAGCGCCUGUACCGCCAGAACGCCGACGUUCUUGGCCAGUUGGAUCAGUCCGAGCGUUCGGAGAAGCUUAACGAGGCCCUGGGUAGCGUCGAGCUCGAGUACGCCAGGCUCCUCGACUGGCACGCCCGGUGGGAAGAGCACGCCGCCGCCGCCUCUGCCGCCGCCGCAGAGAGUGGCGGUAGCAAGCGCAAGUCGGCAGACGACGCCGAGGACCAGGGCGCGAGCAAGAAGCCCCGAGUUGAGGACGCCUAGCCCUGCUCCUGUCACUUGCUUCGAGAUGCAGAGACAGAUCGUGAUAAGGGAAAGGGGGGGGGUCCAGGUUAAGGAGUUUACGGGGGCGUUCUUCAGGUCAUAUUUGUACUUCUACGCACCUUUGGCUACGGCCCGGUUGAUACCACGUUGUCUCACAAGCAGGCCGAGCAAGGCCAACAUAUCAAUAAAUGGAAGGUGAC